CAGCUUCUCCACAGUAUGGAAUUGCUCUACUAUUCAUGACAAAAAAUGUGUGACCGACGACCAGAAAAGCCUGUUGACCACAUAACAGUCGCAGACUGGGAUGCUCGCAUUCAGGAGCUGCGAGAGACAGCACGCAGGAGGAGGAAGGAGGCUCACGACUUGCGACAAGAGAGUAUCCAGCUGCGUGCUGACACGGCUGUCACAACACACUGGAGCCUGCUGCAAAGUUCACAAUCUCUACAAGACAGAUGUACCGAAGUUCACCGAGUGGAACACCUGCUGGAAUUGAAGAGGGCGGCAACAGUCUGUGAGAUGGAACGCCUAGAGGAGGAGAAAGCUGUGUGUCAGCGGCAGCUAGAGUUGCUGUCUGUGCCGAGAGCCGUGACCGUCGAGUGCCAACUGGCUAUCGACCAGAGACUGGACACUGACCUCCUUAGAGACCCUGUGCAUCUGCAGCUGCAGAAGGAGCUGGGACUGAUAGAACAGAAGAAGAAUGACCUGGAAGCAGAGUGCAAGGCAGCCUGGGAGCAGCUGCAGAGACUCGGGGAGUGCCUCAACCAGCUGUCUAGAGACCUGCAGAACAAGGGUGAGGCAAUCGCAGUGGAUGAGAGUGCACUUGGUCUGAAACCCUCCAGUAGUGGUAUUGGGUUCAGGCAGGACCCAACAAGACAUCCCAAAGAAUGUAUCCCAUAUGAGACAUGGCAACAAGUUUCCGAAUCUAAUAUGAACAGAGCCGAAGAAGAAAUUCAAAAGUCUCGAAGUCAACGCUUGAACAUGUUUUCAUUGCGAGCGGAUGUCACUAAUUCACUGCAUGCCCAACAUUCUGAUACAGACCAUGCUCUCAGCAGACGCAUAUAUGAAGUCCAGCGAGCCCACGAUGAACUUCAGUGGCAGAAGGAGGAGACUGAAAAUGAAAUGGGUGUUAUAAAUCGUGAAAUUUCGCUAUUGGAAGAAGCUCUAGCUGAUAAAACAGGUCCAUCAAAGUUGGCAGAGUCACGUCUCGAGAUACGUCUGUGGCGGCCACGUGCAGAACUUUUGUAUGAUGAUGCCCAACAGACAAUAAAAAAUGAACUACUCCAGCUCCAACUGUCUCGACAAAAGCUCACACAGCAGAUUGCUGAUGCAAAAGCAACAUACAAUGUUCUGCAGCAGCACAGUGCACGACUGGCCGCCGAUAUCGACUGCAAGAACCAAGCUCUGACUUUAUUGAACCGCUGUUGUGACAUACGGUCUGCAUUGCACCCUGAUGAGAGGUAG